AUGUUUAUUUUCGGUCGUUCCUUCCUUCUCUUCCAAACACAACCGUUGAACCUCAAUUUCCAAUUUUCGAGGGUUUUUCCGGCAAUCCCACAUCCAAAAUCUUCUUGUUCUUUCACAAUCUCACACACUAAUACCCUCCAAUCAAUUAACCCUAUCAUUCACAAUUUCAAGGUUUUUUCCGUAGUAAUGUUUAAGGAGGCAAACUAUGUCAUUUAUGUUCUGGUUUGA